AGGAAACUUCUUUUGACCUUGGAGAAGACUGGCAUCCAGUGGCDGAUCCAGAAUAUUGAAAUAACUGCACAAGGGUCAAGCACUACGAAUAAACAAUGCCAUAUCAUUAUACUCCACUGUUUACAAGGGAUUUGUCACAAGGAGAGUUGAUAGAGGAAUAUUUCAGACAAGGCCUUAGAAGGAGAAAACAACCAGAUAACCUUCAAAAAGUCAUUGACACAAUUUGUCAGGAGUUAAAUGGAAGUGGCAACUGCAUUGGAUAUAGACAAAUGCAUCAACGCUUGCGUGUGAAUCAUGGUCUUGUCGUUGAUAGAGAAACUGUUCGUUUGAGUCUAAAAAUUCUUGAUCCUGUUGGUGUGGAGAACCGAUCACGAAGGCGGUUGAGACGCAGAGAGUACCGUGGUAGAGGACCCAACUUCAUAUGGCACAUGGAUGGCUAUGACAAGCUGAAGCCCUAUGGUAUGGCCAUUCAUGGUGCAAUAGAUGGGUAUAGCCGAAGGCUACUAUGGCUAGAAGUAGGUACAACCAAUAAUGAUCCCAGUGUUACUGCUCGUUAUUUUUUGGAUUAUGUCAAGCAAGUGGGAGGUGUACCAAGGAUUGCAAGGACUGAUGCAGGUACUGAAAAUGUAACCAUAUGUGGGAUUCAGCGUUUUUUUAGAGCUAACUGCACAGACUCCUUUAAUGGUGAGAAAAGCUUUAUGUAUGGGGCUUCAGUAUCGAACCAGCGUAUAGAAGCAUGGUGGUCRCAGCUUCGUCAGAGCCAAAGUGACUGGUGGAUAGAGUUUCUUAGAGGUAUCAGAGAGGAGGGUCUGUAUGAUGAUUCCAAUUUUAUGCAUGUACAAUGCAUGAUAUACUGCUUUAUCCCCAUAUUGAGAGAGGAACUCUAUAAUGUAAUGAAACUUUGGAACACACACAGGAUAAGACCCUCUUCUAACAGAGAAUCUCCUCCUGGAAGACCCGAUGUUCUUUAUUCUGUCCCAGAAUUAAACAGUACAGAAGAUUAUUUAGUACCYGUUUCACCCAUUGAUAUUACAGCUGCAGAAGCUUUUAUUUCCCAUGAUAACACUGAUGAUGCUGAUGAGAAUUUUACCGAGCUAGCAAAGAUCAUAGAACAAGAACAAAAUCUUCAAAAGCCUACAAAUGCAACUGAAGCAAAAUAUCAUUAUGUUACUCUUCUUGAUUACAUCAACCAAAUUUAGUUUAUAGUUUUUKCACUUUUGGAUCACGUGCAUCAUUUUAUGACAUUAAAUUAGCAUAAACUGCUAAUUUUUAAAUUAGAAAGAGUUCUAUUUUUUUUCUAUAUUCUUCCAUGUUUGGUGGGUAGUAAAAUCUGUUUUCAAUGAAGAAUAGUUGAUCUGAUAUUGAUUGAUUCCUUGACAUUAUUUUGCAAAAGAGGUAUGACAAUGAUCUUCUCCUUUUUUAUCUUUGAUUUGAAAUUAUUCAUAUUCAUUUUAUAACUUAUUUUAUUGUCUGGACAUUUCAGAUGGAUCUGUUUAAUUUCUCUAAAAUCAUAUAGGGGGAAUUUGCAUCUCCUUGGCAAACAAYAUCAUUUUGACCUUGACAUCAGUAGUAUAACAUAUGGCUUCUGGGUGAUCACAACAAUUUUGGCUUAAAYACCAGUUCCAAAAAAUACCUUUUGACUGAAUAGGAUAUGCCUUUUUUCCUGUUUUGGAUAAUUUACAAAUUUAAAACCUSUUUGCAAGUAAUGGAAUAACAAAAAUAUACAUUUUAAUAGAUAUAGUAGAUCAGUCUAUUUUUACAAAGAAUUUGCUAACUGUAAGAUAAGCAAAAUAGUUAAUCUGUGCAAUAGCAAUGGUAAUUUGGAAUAUUUCAGAUUAUCAAAUCGUGUUACACGUUUCUAACCCCUUUUAUGAUAAUUUUUCGAAUGAUUUGAAAACAGUGUAGACCAUAAUAUUAUAAUAAACAAUGCAUCUUCUUGCAUGCUCUUUAUUCAACAACKUAUAAGUAAAGAAAUGCAUGAACAAAUCCUGUUCAGAAAAAGAAGUAACUGCAGCAUGAACUAGCAAAGUAAUGCAGCAGUAAAUUAGUGUACAAGYUAACUCAACAAUUAUUAUAACAAUAACACAAUAAAUAUAAUCACACAAAAGGCAGCUGUAUCUUAUAUUACACUUUGCUGUUUGCUCUUCAUAUUAUCAUGAUGUCAGCACAUUUACCAUAGGAAUSUCCUUAGACAUUGAAAUCUGAACUACAUGUAAACUUGUUUCUCAUCAGAACUUUUCUUUCAAAUUAACACAUACGGUAUAUGCACUCAAUUGUGAAUGCUCAUCCUGUUGCUUUGUUGUUAUUCUUAACUUUCAUGUGARUUUGCACAUGCAGUUAUGAUAUAGGAAUCAUCGGACAAUAGCAUGUGUAGAUAUUGCUGCCUUUUAGACGGCAACUGUUUUAACAUGACUCCAACCUAACUAAAUAUAUUUUUUUAGUUCAACACAUAAUCUAAACUUCUAGAAUGUCUCUAUGCAUAGCAAGGCUAUAACAAUCAGAGAAAAAGCAUGUGUAAAGUAUUAUAAAAUUUUAAGUAGGAGU